GCGCCUUAGUCUGUCCCUUUCGUUCAACGGACCACAGUCUCAACCUACAACAAGUAAAACCUUUAGUCUACACAACAUCUUCCACAAUGUAUAUAGUAGCUACCACGUUGGCACUAGUUUUCAUCACAAGCACACUUGCAGUGGAUUAUGUCUUGCAUCCAGAUAAAGACAAGGAUUUUGACGGAAUCGCUGUUACAACGCUGAAGAAAGCGCAUAAUUGUGACAGAAGGACGAAGAAAGGGGACAGGCUCAAGGUUCACUUCAAUGCUACAAUGCCUGAUGGAAAACUUAUCGAAUCCACAUGGCUGAGGAAGAAUGCGUUUGAAUUUGUGAUUGGAGAGGCAAUGGUCAUUAAUGGUUUUGAAUAUGGCCUGGCCGAUAUGUGCAUUGGAGAGAUUCGUCAUCUGAUGAUACCACCCAAGUAUGCCUAUGGAGAAUGGCAGCUUGGUUCCACAGUGCCAGCCCGAGUUACCUUCCAUUUCACAGUAGAGCUUAUUGAUUUCAGCUCCGAUGCUCUCAAACGAAAGACCAACCUGUUCAAAACCAUCGAUGUUAACGAUGAUGGACUUCUAUCGCCCGACGAGGUUAAAAGAUACUUGGGUAACGAACAACUCGAAGGCAACCCCAACAAAAUGACGUCAUUGUUGAGAGAUAUUUUCAAACAGGAUGACCUCGAUAGUGAUGGAUACAUCAACCACAAAGAAUUCGGUGGAUACAAACAUGACGAAUUAUAAACGAAAAAGAUUGCGGCCUAACGAAUCAACUACGCAAGCAUUAGAGUUUUUCAAAACUUUCAUUUCCACCCUUACAGGGAUAAAUUCUAUUCAGUUUCAAUAAAUAACAAAUCUUUGACCCUUGAAGGAAUUUUUUUCAUGCAAAAGAUAUUUCUUUCGUUAUGUUUAUUGUCAAAUCGUUAACUUCAUUUAUUACAAGACAUUUUUACAUGAAA